UUGGAAAACUCGCGCCAUUCCUCAGGCUUGAUUGCGUGCCGCCCUCUUCCACGGCCUUAUCCCAUUCACUCCCUCACAUCACACUCCCAGAGAACUCUCUCGGCAAGUUCAGCGUCUAGAAUGCGAAGCACCACUCUUGCUCUUCUGCUACUUAGCGCACUUCUAAUCAGUGCACAGAAGUCACAUGCCAAAGGAACGCCAGAGUUGGUGCAACCUAUAGUUUAUGAGAGCGACAAUAGUGAACUGCUUGCAAAGGUUUCAUCGCAAUUGCUAAACGCCCUUGCCAAUAUUGAGAGCAUGCAGGAAGGUACACCAAUCAAGAUCGCCGAAAAACGUCGCAACAAGUUCGAAUUCAUCCGAUUUGGUCGAAAGUGA